AUCGAAGCUUGGAGUCAGCUCCGUGGUUGCAGAAAAUCCGCUUCUCUGGGUUCCGUGCUGGUGAAUUUCUGUGCCACCAUGGCCAUGGUAGCCACCCAAGCAGUCUUAUCCUCUAGCCUGGCUUCCAAGAUACUGGCGACAGGGAGUCUGGCCAAAGCAGGGGGGGCAGCUGUUGGCAGCGUCUUGGCAGGACUUCCUUCAGCAGGGCUCACCCUGUCAUUCAAGGCUGCCCUAACCGGGGCCGCAUCUAGCCUGGGAUCCUUGCUGGGGACACUGAGUACUUCCUCCCUGAUAGGAUCCCCUCCUGUGACUUUGAUGGCUUCUUCACUAGGAGCCAAGGCUUCUGUAGCUGUGGCGGGAGGAGCCCUGGCCGUGGGGGCUGUGCCCGCGGUGCUGGGCGCCGUGGGCUACACGGGGGCAGGAAUCACCGCCUCCUCCUUGGCGGCCAAGAUGAUGUCAGCGGCUGCCAUUGCCAACGGGGGCGGGGUUGCAGCCGGCAGCCUGGUAGCGACCCUCCAGUCUGUGGGGGCUGGUGGACUCUCCUUGUCAUCCAAAGCCCUUCUGGGCACCGUGGGGUCUGUCCUCCUGACCAAAAUAGUGGGCUUGUAAUAGCUCCCUGUCACUCCUACUGCAGAGAAGAGGAUUUGGUGGGUCCCUGCCCCCCAGCCCAAUGCAGUGAGGCACCAGUCCUGGGAUGACAAGAUGCCAGAUGCUACACCCCCCUUGAAAACAAGCAAUAAAAAUGAGUUGUUGCAA